CCAGCACCCACCAUUCACUCAACUGGAGAACAAACAUUAUCUAACACAAAUCAACCAUGAAGAAAUUCCUCGUCCUUGCCCUCAUUGUUGUCGCGGCGACCACCACGGCCGCCGAACCCUUUACUGCAUUCCGUAGUGCUUGGGAGCCGCAACAUCCAUCAUCUCCGGAGCAUCAACCAACUCCGCAGCCACAAGAACAUCCAGUUCCACAUCAAAAGUUGAACCCAUGCAGGGAUGCCCUCCUACAACAGUGUAGCCCAGUUGCUGAUAUGUCAUUCCUCCGGUCACAGGUGGUGCAACAUAGCAGCUGCUUGGUAAUGUGGGAGCAGUGCUGUCAGCAACUAAAAGCGAUCCCCAAGCAGUCAAGAUGCGAGGCCAUCCACAACGUCGUGCACGCCAUUAUUUUGCAACAACAACAACAAUUGGUACAAGCUACUUCCACCCAACCUCAGCAGCAGCAACAACAAGGUCAACAACAACAACAGGGUCUGGGUUCUAGCCAGCCACAACAACAAACACAACUGGAUCAGGGUUGGAUUGCGGUGAUAGGGACAUGGGUGAUUCAGACCAUCCCGGCAAUGUGCGACGUGCAUGUUCCACCAUACUGCUACACCACCAUAUCACCAUCCAGUGACGUCACUACCGACAUGGGCGGCUACUGAGAAGACGAGAGUUCUAGUAUCCGAAAAAUGGACCACCAAUGUUUAGUCAAUGGUCCGAUCCAUGUAGCGGUGAAAAAUAAAGUGCCAUGCAUUAUCAUGUGUGGACUAGACUGGCACUAGUUCAAACUUGGGAAUAAAAGGCAAACUAAGUUAUUUUCUGCA